UCCUCCCACACUCAAGAGUCAGGUCACACCUAUCAACAUGUCAAGACCAGAAGAGAUAUCCCCUCCAGAGAUUUUCUACGGUGAUGACGAAGCUAGGAAAUACACCUCCAAUUCUCGAAUACAAGCCAUCCAAUCUCAAAUGACAGAACGUGCCAUAGAACUUUUGGCAUUACCGGAAGAUCAACCUGCGUUUCUGCUCGACAUCGGUUGUGGUUCAGGUUUGUCGGGGGAGUUGUUAGAUGAAGCAGGUCAUUAUUGGGUGGGAAUGGACAUUUCUCCCAGCAUGUUAGAGGUAGCUCUGGAGAGAGAAGUGGAGGGUGAUUUGUUUUUACAGGAUAUAGGACAAGGAUUUGGGUUUCGACCUGGAACCUUCGACGGUGCUAUCAGUAUCUCAGUCCUACAAUGGCUUCUAAACGCCGAUACUUCCUCCCAUUCACCACCACAAAGACUUACAAGAUUCUUCACCACCCUACAUUCCGCCCUUCGUAAUCCCUCUAGGGCCGUAUUUCAAUUUUAUCCUUCUUCCGAUGAUCAAGUCCACCUCAUUACACAAUCCGCUCAACGGGCUGGGUUUGGGGGAGGGAUCGUUGUGGAUUAUCCUAAUUCUAAAAAGGCUCGAAAGAUGUAUUUGUGUCUGAUGGUUGGACAUCAAGAGGUUCCAAGAGGUUUAGAAGGAGAGGAAGAGGUGAGUCGAAGGGAAGGUGUGAGAAAUGAGACGCGAAGGAAGAAAGAGAGGAAUAAGAUUGUUGGAGGAAAGAAGAGAAAGGAGGAGAGUGGGAAAGAAUGGGUAAUGAAGAAGAAAGAGUUGUAUAGGAUAAGAGGGAAGGAAGGAGUACCGAGGGAUUCGAAAUAUACAGCCAGGAAAAGAAGAGUCCAAUUCUAAUGUUCGACAUAUUUACAGGGCAUCUGAGCAACUGCUUCAUUUACUUUACUUUAACCAUCUGGAGGGUUGAGUACGUAGAUGUGAUGGAUAUGUGUGCCUUCCAAGAGGAUAGUAUAUAUUUGUAUGCACAAAGAAUUUGGCUC